AUGUAAGACAAGUGUUCCAGGUGAUAUACUAUUUAGGUUUUAUAGUUUCCUUGGUGUGUUUAUGGGACGGUUGGGCUAUUUCUUUUGUUUUUUGUUGUGUUUUUGGUGUCCACCUUCAUGACGUAAACAAAGCACCCAAGACCAAGGCCGAGAGGGCGAGACCAGCAGAGGGUAGUCAGGGAGGAGAGGAAGAAUGCUUCGUGGUGCCUGCAGACCAGGCUUGGCAAGAUGUGCCCUGCGUUUACAUCAGCAUUCACAGUAUUUAAGGUUGUCAUGUAUAGCCACAAGAAAAGACAGAUUGUCCUGCCACACAGUGCCUUCUCAAGCUGCUCCUGGAGUGUGCUGUGGGAGGAGUAGCUACAGCAGUGAGAAUUGCAACAAUGAUAGAUAUGAUUACCAUCGGAAGUCAUGGCAUAGUAAAACACUGGGCACACUCGUAGGUGCCCUGGGUACUGUGGCUGUUCUAGGACUUGGUACAGUUCUUAGUGAGACCAAAGAAGACUGUAAAUGUGAUGAUGAAGGCAAACGGAGACCAGAUGCAUUUGUCAAAAUGGAAAAGGCAUCACUGGGGGAAGAUAUUGUGGGCACAGAGAGGGAACACAGAGCUGAUGAAGCAGUUAUCAGAUACACAAAGCCAUGCGGGGGAUUUGGUAAAAAGCAAACAGAAAACCUGAGCAGCCAUGAACUGCGCGUGAAAAAGGCGCGUCAGAUCCUGAGGCGCCACAUGGAGGAGGUCGGGGCACCGGGCAUCGUGGUGGGCGUCACAGUCAAUGGCAAGCAGGUGUGGGCAGAUGGUCUUGGAUUUGCUGACUUGGAGAAUGGUGUGCGGUGUUCCCCGAACACGGUGAUGAGGAUUGCCAGCAUCAGUAAGCCUCUCACCAUGACUGCUGUGGCCAAGUUGUGGGAAGAGGAGAAGCUAGACCUUGAUGCUCCAAUCCAAAAAUACAUUCCAAAGUUCCCUGUGAAGACUUAUGAUGGGAAGGAGGUCACCAUUACAACUAGACAACUCAUCAGCCACAAGUCAGGCAUCAGACACUACAAGCUGAGAGACCCCAAUGAGAAGGAGAAAAGGGAUAAGGAAAAUGAUGCGAGUACGGAGGACAGUAAAGUGCAGUCCCAACCACAGGCAGAAAAGGAAAGCAUUGUCCUUGGAAAUGAAACUGAUGAAGAGAAAGAGAAAAAGAAUAUUUUGUCUAAAAGUAAUGAUGAUAAAAAUAAGGAACAGAAGGAAAACCAAAAUAAAACUGAAAGAUGCUCUUGUGGUAAGCAUCUUUCAAAGAAAAGAAAAAGUAGGAAGAAGAAAAAGGAGAAGGAAGAAGACGAGUUUGAUCUAGAAGAAUAUUACUUUACUGAUGAAUUUGAGUCUGUAGCAGAGGCUUUAGAAAUGUUCCAGAAUGACGACUUGUUUUUCAAACCUGGCGAAGGGUUCCUGUACACCACCCAUGGCUGGACGGUGGUGAGUGCUGUGGUUGAAGGGGCCACCAAGAAGCCCUUCACCAAGGUUAUCCAGCACUUGUUCUAUGAGCUUGGCCUUGACAACACUUACCUUGACAAGCCAGCACCAAUCAUCUACAACAGAGCAAGUUACUAUGUCCGAGAUGAGCAUGGAAAACUGAAAAAUGCUCCUUAUGUGGACAACUCUUAUAAGUGGGCAGGUGGUGGCUUCCUGUCCACGGUGGGGGACCUUUGCAAGUUUGGAAAUGCCAUGCUGUAUGCCAGCCAGCAGGAAGACGGAGGAGGCACACCAAAGGUGCCAGGCUACCUGAAGGCAUCAACAAUCCAUCAGCUGUGGACCGCAGUGGAGGGGACUCAGCGGGGCUGGCGAGAUAGGACCUACGGGAUGGGCUGGGAGGCUGUGGAGGAGAGAAAUUUGCAAAACUUUUGUCGCAACUCCCGGGGCCAUGCCUACCAUACUGGUAGUGCAGUAGGUGCCAGCAGCAUUCUUCUAAUUCUGCCACAGAAGGAAGCAAGAGGUAGUCCACCUCAGGGAGUAGUUGUGGCACUGCUGACAAACAUGAUCAGUGUUAGCCUCCGGAAGGUGGCCAUGGAGAUUGCAGAGCUGUUUGAAGAGUCAGUAGAGGAUUCUUCACACAGCCAUACGGGUCGUCCACUGAAACUGGGUAACUGAGUGAGAACAUUGUGCACCAUUCAAAGAGCACAAGCAUUAAGAUAGUCAGAAAUACCUGCUAUAUACUUUCACUAGUAUCAAGUGGUGACUGGAGAGCUUGGCCAAAGAUGUCUGCAGUGUCGUUUGAAAUAUAUUCUCGGUAAGUAAAUGUAAACAAGUUAGUUUUGAAAGUUGUGAUGUACAUUGGUUUGGUUGGAUUUUGUUAUGGUCUAUGAUGAGGGUUCUGAAGGAAAGCCUGUGUUGGGGUAGUGGUGGUGUGAAAGGAAGGAGCCCACCACCGUUUAAAAACACCACUUCAUCAAUUGUAGCGCGACAAAAAAGAUUAAUUUUCUUUGUUUGAAAAUUCUUUAUGAAAAAAAAGAACUACAUGAAAAAUCUGAGUGUUGUAAUAUUGGAAAUCCACUGAAUUCCAAUAUGCUGCAAUUUCUUAUAUGUAGGGUAAAGCAUAAAGGCUCUGAAGCAAAAAGAAAUAUAAUGUAAUAGAUAGGAAUAGAAGGGUCCCUCAAGC